ACUCGACGUAUAUCAUGAUUCAAGAUGCCCUUCGGCUACAAACUGAGCUGGGGCAGUUUGUGCGGAUACAUCCAGAAAUUCAGGCCCUCCAGCUUACCGAUGACGAGUGGUCGACACUUCAGCAAGUGGCCAAGAUCCUCAAGCCGUUCUGGGACCACACGAACUCUGUUUCAAAGGCAUGCCCAACAAUUGUGGAAAGUCUACCAAUUUACUGGAGUUUGGACGAUUUGUUAAAUGACGUUCGAAAUGCGGAGGGAGAUUUUGAAGACGUGAACAUUGAAAUUCGCGAUGCGGUGGAAAGAGGCAUUCGUAAGAUGAACAAGUUUGCUAGGAAAAUGGACGACAACCUUCUUUACUAUGUGGCUUCCGUGUUGGAUCCGCGCAUCAAAUCGUCUCUGAUUGUGUCUCAAAUGAGCGAGCAAGAUUCGGGGCUUAUCGUCUCGCAAGUGCGGGAAUUUCUUAAGAAAGAAUACCCUCCAGAGCCAUUUGCGUCAUGUGAAGUUGACCAUCCACGUCCAGCAGGGAUGUCGGAAACAAUGUGGAGAACUCUGCGCAAAGUCCAGCCAUCCAAAGAGGCAUCUUUGUCGGAUAUUGACAAGUAUUUGGAUUCCCCGCCGGUCAACUGGUCCCACCACAUGAUCGGCGAUGCGGACGCAGAAUGGGUCCUAAAGUGGUGGAAGGCAAACGCCUUUAAUUUUCCACUCAUGGCAAAAGCCGCUCGCGAUUACCUACCCAUCCCUUCGGCAGAGGUCGGGAUUGAGCGCGAGUUCAGCAAUGCUCGAGAUGUCUUGGGCCUCCGAAGGCACCGUCUGAACGCGGAGACUAUGCGAUGGCUGAUGCUAUUGAGAGGAAAGUCUCAGACAUAA